AUGUCGAAUUUUGCCCCUCUGCAGAACGACCUGCUGCUAAGGGCUGUGAGAGCUGGGAGAUACCUCCCGGAGUACCACGAAGCCAAAUCGCACCAUGACUUCUUCGCAUGCUGCCGGAGCCCGGAAAUCUCCUCCACUCUGACUCUUCAGCCCAUCGACCGUUACGAUGGCCUCAUUGAUGCCGCCAUCAUCUUCUCUGACAUACUGGUCAUACCGCAGGCAAUGGGCAUGGUGGUGGAAAUGCUGGACGGCAAAGGACCUCACUUCCCAAAACCUCUAAAGGCUCCUACCGACAGGCAGUACCAGGACCUGCUAUCGAAGCGUGUGGAUGUGGAGAAAGAGCUAGACUACGUCUACCAGGCUAUUACAAUGACAAGACAGAAGCUGAACGGCCGGGUACCUUUGUUUGGCUUCUGCGGUGCCCCGUGGACAUUGCUGUGCUAUAUGGUGGAAGGGGGAGGAAGCAAAAUGUUCGUGCAGUCGAAGACGUGGGUCUAUAAAUACCCCGAUGAAAGCAAGACUUUGCUACAGAAGAUAGCUUUCAUAUGUGUGCAGUAUUUAGCCUUUCAGGUCAAGGCUGGAGCACAAAUUGUGCAGAUCUUUGACUCUUGGGCUGCAGAACUGUCGCCUACUGCCUUCAAGGAGUUCUCGCUUCCUUAUCUAAGCUAUAUCUCGAAGCAACUUCCUGGACACCUUAAAGCAAUGAAUCUGGAACCUGUACCAAUGGUCGUGUUUGCCAAAGGCGCCUGGUACGCUCUGGACGAGCUUUGUGAUCUAGGGUAUCAUGUUGUUGGUCUCGAUUGGCUGCAAGACCCAGCCGAAGCAGUGGACAUCGCCAAUGGUCGAGUGGUAUUGCAAGGAAACAUGGAUCCUGGGGUACUGUAUGGAGGCAAAGAAGCUAUCACUGCGGCUGUUGAAGAGAUGGUGAAGGGAUUCGGAGGGGGGAAGCAAGGCUGGGUUGCGAAUCUUGGGCAUGGUGUCCAGCCUGGAGUCAACCCUGAUGACCUGAAGUUUUUCUUCGAAGAGAUACACCGUCUCGCAGGUGCAGCGAGCUUAUAA